CUUCCGGGUUCGAUGAGAAGCUGCAGCCCGCGGCGUUAUUUAGGGCCUCCGGCCGGAGCUCCUUCUUGGUUUCAGUCAUUCUGAAAAGCCCGCUUUGGUCUCGGCGGUGCCCUCGACCCGUCGGCUGCACGGGGCGGGCGAGGCCCUCUCCUGGUGUAGGUCCGGAGUUCCGUCGGGGUGCGGCGGGCCUGUGUGCCGCCCGAGUCAGGGAAGCCGGUUACGCGGGUCGUGGCUCGGCGCUGACAUUCUGACCCUUCUUCUCUGUCUGUAUUGAAGCGUCGCAGACGCUCGUGUGAGUCCCUUAUGGCAGAUACGACCCCGAACGGCCCCCAAGGCGGGGGCCCUUUGCAAUUCAUGAUGACCAAUAAACUGGACACGGCAAUGUGGCUUUCUCGCCUGUUCACAGUUUACUGCUCUGCGUUGUUUGUUCUGCCUCUUCUUGGGUUGCAUGAAGCAGCAAGCUUUUACCAACGUGCUUUGCUGGCAAAUGCUCUUACCAGUGCUCUGAGGCUACAUCAAAGAUUACCACACUUCCAGUUAAGCAGAGCAUUCCUGGCCCAGGCUUUGUUAGAGGACAGCUGCCACUACGUUUUGUAUUCACUCAUCUUUGUCAAUUCCUACCCUGUUACAAUGAGUAUUUUCCCAGUCCUGUUGUUCUCUUUGCUUCAUGCUGCUACAUACACGAAAAAGGUCCUUGAUGCAAAGGGUUCAAAUAGUUUACCUCUGCUGAGAUCCGUCUUGGACAAAUUAAGUGCUAAUCAACAAAAUAUUCUGAAAUUUAUUGCUUGUAAUGAAAUAUUCUUGAUGCCUGCUACAGUUUUUAUGCUUUUUAGUGGUCAAGGAAGUUUGCUCCAGCCUUUUAUAUACUAUAGAUUCCUUACUCUUCGAUAUUCCUCUCGAAGAAAUCCAUAUUGUCGGACUUUGUUUAAUGAACUGAGGAUUGUCGUUGAACACAUUAUAAUGAAACCUGCCUGCCCACUGUUCGUGAGAAGACUUUGUCUCCAGAGCAUUGCCUUUAUAAGCAGAUUGGCUCCAACAGUUGCAUAGUUUAACAUUCAGUUAAGCUAUACAUACAAUACAAGCAUUAUUAGCAGCUGGUACUUCUGCUAGGGGUUGUAAUUCCAAGUGUUACACUGACCUCAAUCCAAUUUACAUAAGUUACAUAAAUGCAUCUCAAUGGAAAAAUAAUCAUUUUCCUAGCAUGUUAAAUCAAGCUUAAAAAGUUUUGAGUAAAUUUUUGUAUGCUGUGUUGCUAAUGGUUAAGGAAGUUUGUAUCUCGUGAUAAAAAUUACCAAUUUUUUUU